GCUUUACAUUUUGUGUAAAAUAAUUCUAAGCUCAUAAUAAUUGUGUUUAAAUUUAAAUCUAUUUAAAAAUUUAUAUCAUGGGUGCUCAACAAACAAAAUCCGACGAUGAAGAAGAAACAAACGUACGCACUUUACAAAAACAAUACACUGGACUUGCAAGAGAAUCAACAGAUGGACUAGAUCGCAUGAAUGAAAAUAGUAAAGAAACAGUUAUGCCUGAGCAAAACCUCAUUUCAGCCUCCAGUCCUAAACGUAUUACAGUGGCUAAUUUUGCUAAAAUUAAAAUAGAACCACGAGCUUUGGAAGAAUAUUCAAGGGAGGAAUCUGCGUUGGAAAAUGAUACAAGCGAGCUGGUAGUUGAAGAAACUAUUGACCAUCAGGAGCACAAUAUAAUCCAUCAGCAGGUGGAAAAUCAAGUAAUUUAUGCAGAAAAUCAAAAUAUAGAUUUAGACCAAGCACAGGAAAGUUCUUUCCCAGGUAUAAAUAAUAGUUCACCCUUAACUAUCGUGGAAAAGUGUAUUGAUAUAUUACCCAGUACUGGUCUCUGCCACGAUUUUACAAAUAUCGAAGUAAAAAAGGAAUUGUUAGAAACAUGUGGCGCAACAAGUGUGUCAGAAAUUGAAAAGGAUCCUUUGGAAAUACCGCUAAACUGCGCAAUUCCAGUAUUAAGUGAUGAAGAAGAUCUUGAUAACAAUAUAAUUUAUACUGCAAUAGAAAGUGAAACCAUUGAUGGUGUUAUUAAACCUGAAAGGAAUUUAGAAGAAGAAAAUAUUCUGUUACUUAAAAAAGAAAAUUCUGAUUGUAAUAACGAAGGGAGUAUAGAACAACAAGAACAACAAGCACCUAAAUUAGUUAAAAAUCCAUUUUUUAAAAACUGCAACAAAAAACAACGCUUAAAACAAGAGCUGAUUGAUAAGGGACAUAGGGAAGAUUCUGGAAAUAAAACUAUAAAAUCUGAACAUAAACCAAACAAUGAAGAGUUGUGUACGGAAAUUAUAACAAAGUCACCAAAGUCAGUGGAAAAUUUUUCAAAUGCUAUAACAGUUAUACACGAGGAUACUUUACAAACAUCAAUUAAUCUUAAAGAACUUAUUAUAAAAUCAGAAACCUUAACCGCUCCUGAGGAUAAUUUGAAUUUUACUACAAACAAUACUUUGAGUGUCAAUUGUUUAAGUUGUAAUUUAAAUUCAUCAUUGGAUGUUAACUUAAGCAAUGUAGAUACGGAUUUUGAAGAAGCUCGCUCAGUACAAUCAGUUGAAGAAGUUAAAUCGACUAUUUCUUCCCUUGAUUCCUUAAAAUAUUUCACAAUUAUUGAUUUAACGAGUGGGGAAAAGAAUGAUUUGCCAAUUGAAGAUUCAUCGACUUUAACAUCAACCCCGAAAAAACAAGAAAAACGAAAAGCAAACAGAGGAAGACCGCUUAAAUCUGGAAGCUUGGAAAAUUUCAAAUUUGGGAAAACACGGAAGGCAAAACAACGUGGAGGCAAGCCACGAAGCAAAACAUUAAAAACCAAAAAAAUUACUUCAAGAGAUACUACGUUUAUAGCGUCAAAGAAACAAAUUUUAAAAAAUCUUCCAAAAAUUUCUAUAAAAACUCGCAAAAAAGUUAAUAAACAAAAAAACGACAAGAAAACUACAAAAACUUCUGACGAUUUUCCCAAACCAUUUAAAUCAGAACCACAAUCAUUAAAUAAAGAGCAAAGCAUAGCAACGGAACUGCCCAAACCCAUAAUGUUUAAAAAUGAGCAAGAUAUAAACAUAAAUAAUAGAAAAUCCUAUCUUAAACCGGAAUUUCAACCUUAUGUACGUUUGAAACGUUUAAAAAGUGAAGAUCUAUUGGUACCGCUAAAGACCAAAACGGCAAGAAAGACACGACAACGUUUAAGUUAUCAUCAAAUGUCCAAUGACAAUAGACGUGAUUUUCUUAUACAACAUGCCUUUAGCCUAAAUCAACGUGCUAAAUUAAAUCGUUUAAGUGUUGAUCAUGAUCAUAUGUAUUAUAAUAAUCAACAAGAUCAGCCAUCAUUGUAUAGCCGUUUAACUACUCCACUCAGCCUGCAUAUGGAUACACCAAAUGAUUCUGUCACUGAGACAGAUUCAAAAUAUUUUAGUCCUCAGGAACUUUAUUCGCUCUUUCACUCCUCAACCCCAGAUGCCUCUUCAAUGUUUAGCGGUCAUCUGGAUAGUGGUGUCUCGACUUCAACGCCCAGUAUGCAACAACGUCAAAUGGACUACAAUAAAACUUUACUCUUAGAAAUAGCUGCUGAGCGGGCCUUUAUCAACAAUCAUUUAAUACAUUUUGGCUACUCACCCAUACAGUUUGAUUUGUUUAACAACUUAAACGAUUUGAGUAUUUUUCUUAAAUAUUUAUUUGGCCCUGCAAAUAUGAAUUGAAGAGGUAUUUAUGUUGAAAUUAUGAUUUUUUAUGUUUUGAGAAUUAAUUUUGUUUUGUUAUUUUAUGAAUAUUAUUUUUAAUUUUAUUAUCUUAAACUUGACUUGCAACCUAAUGAUUUUUUCUGUCUAUAAGUGACGAUUCAUUUGUAGUUUAUUAAAAACAAAUUCAGUUUUAAUCUAAUUUUUGUACAAAAUCAAUUUUAUUUUAAUACUUUCCAAUAAAUUGUAUGUUGAUCAUAAAA